AUGGAUCAGUUGUCUACUAUAGAAGACAUUGACAAUGCUUCUUUAAAUCUUGAACAAGAAAAAGUAGGUGUUGAAAAAAAGCGGAAACGAAGACCAGCACGUCGUCAAGUAGAGGGUCGUGAAAAAACAGGAGAAUUGAUGCCACCGCAGACAGGGCAGGUUUUUAAUAUUUGGUAUGGAAAAUGGGCAGGCGGUGAUAAAGAGGAUAAAUAUAUAAAUAAGAAUAAAAGUGAAACAAGGUGUAACAUUAAACGGGAUUCGGGAUAUACUAAAGGAGAUAAAAUAAAGGGUGCUUAUUUUUGUUUGUUUUUUGCGAGAGGGAGUUGCAGUGAUGGGCCAGAUUGUACAUUUUUACAUCGUUUACCAAAUGUUCAUGAUAUAUAUUCACCUAAUGUUGAUUGUUUUGGCAGAGAUAAACAUUCGGAUUAUAGGGAUGAUAUGGGGGGUGUUGGUAGUUUUAUGCGACAGAAUCAUACACUAUAUUGUGGACGUAUUCAUGUAACAGAUGAUAUUGAAGAAAUUGUUGCACGUCAUUUUUCUGAAUGGGGAGAAGUUGAACGAAUUCGGGUACUUAAUUCAAGAGGAGUUGCAUUUAUUACUUAUGUCAAUGAAGCAAAUGCCCAAUUUGCCAAAGAAGCAAUGGCACAUCAGUCACUUGAAAAUAAUGAAGUGUUAAAUGUGCGUUGGGCCACACAAGAUCCUAAUCCAGUCUCUCAGGCGCGUGAUGCUAAAAGGGUUGAGGAACAGGCAGCGGAAGCUAUUCGUCGUGCUCUUCCUAAAAAUUUUAUUGCUGAACUUGAAGGACGAGGCAAAAAAAUUAAGCGUGAUGAUUUUGGUUUAGAUGGCUAUGAUGUUCCGGAUGAUAUAUGGUAUGCAAGAUGCGCAAGUGCAGUGAAUCCUGCAAUAAAAACAUUACAAAACUCUACUAAAACUGAAAAAAAUGAGCCUUCUUUUGAUCCAUUAACUAUACAAGAAGUCUUUGAUACCGAAGCAAAUGAGAUAUUUUCAAGUACAACAUUAGAUACGCUUAGAUCGCUUGAUAAUGUAUAUACGGUACAAUCAUUUGAUUCUAAUGUAGACAAUUCCUCGAGACUUGUAGCUUAUGCUAGUGAUGAAGAUCUGUAA